UAUAUCCAGAGAGACUUCUGAUGGAGAAUCCGUACGAGGGCCCAGGUAUCAGUGGGCAGGAGGAUGUCACUGAGGGGAAGGUAACUACUAGAUUAUAUCCAGAGAGACUUCUGAUGGAGAAUCUGUAUGAGGGCCCAGGUAUCAGUGGGCAGGAGGAUGUCACGGAGGGGAAGGUACUUAUUAACUCUACUAGAUUAUAUCCAGAGAGACUUCUGAUGGAGAAUCCGUACGAGGGCCCAGGUAUCAGUGGGCAGGAGGAUGUCACGGAGGGGAAGGUACUUAUUAACUCUACUAGAUUAUAUCCAGAGAGACUUCUGAUGGAGAAUCUGUACGAGGGCCCAGGUAUCAGUGGGCAGGAGGAUGUCACGGAGGGGAAGGUACUUAUUAACUCUACUAGAUUAUAUCCAGAGAGACUUCUGAUGGAGAAUCUGUACGAGGGCCCAGGUAUCAGUGGGCAGGAGGAUGUCACGGAGGGGAAGGUACUUAUUAACUCUACUAGAUUAUAUCCAGAGAGACUUCUGAUGGAGAAUCUGUACGAGGGCCCAGGUAUCAGUGGGCAGGAGGAUGUCACGGAGGGGAAGGUACUUACUAACUCUACUAGAUUAUAUCCAGAGAGACUUCUGAUGGAGAAUCUGUACGAGGGCCCAGGUAUCAGUGGGCAGGAGGAUGUCACUGAGGGGAAGGUACUUAUUAACUCUACUAGAUUAUAUCCAGAGAGACUUCUGAUGGAGAAUCUGUACGAGGGCCCAGGUAUCAGUGGGCAGGAGGAUGUCACUGAGGGGAAGGUACUUACUAACUCUACUAGAUUAUAUCCAGAGAGACUUCUGAUGGAGAAUCUGUACGAGGGCCCAGGUAUCAGUGGGCAGGAGGAUGUCACUGAGGGGAAGGUACUUAUUAACUCUACUAGAUUAUAUCCAGAGAGACUUCUGAUGGAGAAUCUGUACGAGGGCCCAGGUAUCAGUGGGCAGGAGGAUGUCACUGAGGGGAAGGUACUUAUUAACUCUACUAGAUUAUAUCCAGAGAGACUUCUGAUGGAGAAUCUGUACGAGGGCCCAGGUAUCAGUGGGCAGGAGGAUAUCACUGAGGGGAAGGUAACUCUACUAGAUUAUAUCCAGAGAGACUUCUGAUGGAGAAUCUGUACGAGGGCCCAGGUAUCAGUGGGUAGGAGGAUGUCACGGAGGGGAAGGUACUUAUUAACUCUACUAGAUUAUAUCCAGAGAGACUUCUGAUGGAGAAUCUGUACGAGGGCCCAGGUAUCAGUGGGCAGGAGGAUGUCACGGAGGGGAAGGUACUUAUUAACUCUACUAGAUUAUAUCCAGAGAGACUUCUGAUGGAGAAUCUGUACGAGGGCCCAGGUAUCAGUGGGCAGGAGGAUGUCACUGAGGGGAAGGUACUUAUUAACUCUACUAGAUUAUAUCCAGAGAGACUUCUGAUGGAGAAUCUGUACGAGGGCCCA